GGCUCAGCUGGGCCAGAGAGGCUGUGGAGUCUCCAUCCUUGGAAACAUACACAAGAUACCUUGACAUGGGCCUGGGGAACUGGCUUCAGGUGGCCCAGCUUUAGCAGGAGCAAGCAUUGCUAAAUCAGCUAAAAUGGUUUUAAAGAAGAAGAAGGAAGUUCAGGUGGAUGCAUUCUUUCUUGAUCAUCAUCAGCUUGAAAAACUUAAGAGGUUUUCAAAGGCUGAAGAGCAAAAUCUUGCAUCUCUGCUUCUGCACUGUGCAGAGCUGAGAAAUGGCAUCCAGCAGAUCCAGUGUAUUAAACAGAUUGUGCCAUUGGUGAAGCAGAUGGAUGAGAACUCUGCAGGUGAUCCCAUGGUUAAAGCUUGUUUGGAUAUUUUGGGAGAGAUGUAUUUUUCACUGGGUGCAAAGAAUCCUUUGAAGAAAGUGUUAGCAAGUUCACUGAACAGUCUUCCCGGACAUCUGAUGGUGCCAGCUGUGCAAAGUUUUGUGUGCUGCCUUCAGGAAGAACUGAAAGCCACAGAUGUGUAUUUGUACAGAAAAGUGCUAGACAACCUUGCUUCCUGUAUGGAGGACUUCAGCUUAGGUAGAGCCUGUAUUAAGAACCUGUUUGAAGAAGUUCUUCAGUUUCUGCAGAAGUUGCUGCUUGACAUACAGGAAGAAAACAGAAAGAAUCAUGGAAAUAGAAUUGUUCAGGCUCAGCUGAUGCACGAUUUACUGAUAGCCAUUAAAGUUUCAAUGAUGCUUAUACAAAAAUUACAAGAAAAUAUCCAGGGAAGUCUUUGGAAAAACAGUGAAUCUUUUGUUUGGCAAAGUAUGUGUAGCUUACUGAAAAGUUGCACAAACUUCCUAAUUGAUGCAACGCUCCUGCAGACUGUUCAGACUACCUCAGGACUGGCUGUUAUUCUCUUUACCAGAGCUAUGUAUGAACCAGCUGAGGAACUACCUUCAUUGAUCAGUGACUUGCUCCUUGGGACAGUGGAACACUCAGGUGUGCCAGCGUGGUUUGUGAGGAGCUGUGGGGUCCUGUGCACGGCAGAGCUCCCGGACUCGGUCCUGCUCUUCCUUUGCCAUGGAGCACUGGCUAUGCUGGAUUGGAAAAAUGGCAGCAUGGGUGAAAAUGGAGAGAAACUAUUAUUAGAUAUUGCAUCAGUCUUGUUGUCUUUGAGUUCAGGGCUAAAAGAAUCCAGUGUGGCAACAUCUUUGUCUAGAAUCCUUGCUAUUUGGACUAAUUCAGCACUGGCUGCUCUUGUUUCAGCCACUCCAGAACUAAAAAUCAAACUUAAUGGCAACUCUGAUAUAAUUGGGAAGGUGCUGGAAUACAUUUAUACACACUGGGACCACCCUCUGGAUGCCAUCAGACAUCAAACCAAAUUGAUUUUCAAGAAUCUUCUUCAGAUACACCAAACUACCAUUGCUGGAUCAAAUGGAAAAUCAGACCCAUUCUUUGCAAGGCUGAUAAAGCACUUACUGAGCUUGGAUUGGCAUGUAAAAGGGAAAUAUGCUUCUCUUGGAUGUCUGGUGGAGUGUGUGGGCACUGAAAAUAUACUGCAGUUGGACAGAACAAUUCCAGUGCAGAUCCUGGAUGUGAUGAGUGAUCAGUCUCUUGCACCUUAUGCUAGUGAUCUUCUGGAAACCAUGUUUACAAAUCACAAGGCCCAUUUUGCUUUGAGUUUUCAGAAAGGUACCUGGAUCGACCAGUGGCACAACAUCUGGGUUUCUCCUCUUCUGCUAAUACUUUGUGAAGGGAACCAUGACCAAACUACUUAUAUAAUAGAUUACUAUUUACCAAAAUUGCUCAAAUGUAACCCUGACAGUCUAAGCUACAUGAUAAGAAUUCUUCAGGCCUCUGCAGAUGCGAAUCUGGGUUCUUGCAGUACUAGAGGAGCUCUUGGAGCAUUAAUGGCAUGCUUGAGAACAGCCAGGGCCCAUGGACAUCUGGAACUUUCAAAUAUCAUGAGCAGUGGUCUUGUAUCCACUGAGUGUCUCAAACAGGGUCUAGUUCAUCAGCACAGCCAGGUUUGCAUUGAUGCUUUAGGUUUACUUUGUGAAACCCAUCGUACUACAGAAAUUGUGUCUCUGGAUGAAAUGCAGCUAAUUCAAUUUUUUAUGAUGUACAACUUGAACAACCAAUCUCCUUCUGUAAGGCAACAGAUCGUUUCUCUGCUGAGAAAGUUAUUUUGCAGGAUACAAGAAAGUUCUCAAGUACUUUAUAAAUUGGAGCAAAAUAAAACCAAGCAAGAGUUAGUUGAGAAGUCAACUAAAAUGCCUCCUUUGAGGGUUUUGCAGCAAUACAAAGAUUUCAUGUCAUCUGUAUGUGCCAGACUUUUUGAGGUAUUAUUUCCUGGUUCAUCACACCCAACCAGGUUUUGUGCACUAAGUAUUUUGGAAUCAAUAGCAGAAAUAUUUUCUGUUCCAAAAGGCCAGGCACAAGUUUUCCAGUUGAAUCAGGAGAUUGAUUCUGCUCGUGUCCAAGCUUUGAUCCAGUGUUUUGCCAGUACUUUUGAGGAAGUAAAAAUUCUGGCAUUUAGACUUCUGAUGAAACUACAUGAUGUUGCAUUGAAUUUACAGGGUUCUGAAAAUCUAGAUCUUCUAUUCCAAGCAGCAAUUGAUCUUAGCACAAGCACCAAGCCAUAUGAUUGUGUCACUGCUUCAUAUUUGUUGAACUUUUUAGUAUAUCACAAAGGACUGCAGCACACUGCUUUAGGAAAAUGGCUUGAGCAUAACCCCCAGGUGGAGGAAAACACAUCAGUGAGUACAGUGGAGAAAAACACUUUGGCAGUUAUCAAGCUUUUGUUGGUGAAUGUGGAAGAAGAAAUAUUCAAAGCCAAGAAGUCUUUGCUUCAAGCUGCAGCAUCAUUUCCCAUGUAUGGGAGAGUGCACUGUAUAACUGGGGCUUUGCAGCAAUUACCCUUCAAUAACUUGGCGCUGGUGUCGGAAUGGAAGGAAAUAGUGACCAGGCUCAUUCUGAUGUCAUACAGCCUCUCUGCUGUAGUAUCCCCAGUAGUACAGAGCUCAUCUCCAGAGGGUCUUAUUCCAAUGGACAGUGAUCCAGAAAGUGCAGGUCGCUUGCAGAUGAUUCUGCAUGAGAUACAACCACAAGACACAAAUGAUUAUUUUAUGCAAGCAAAAAUUCUGAAAGAACACUGCAAAGAAGAAUCUGAAAAGCUGGUUGACCAGAGGCCAACAAAAAAUAUUUGCAUGGAAAUGAGAGGCAAAGACAGGCAAGCAUGUGAUGUCACAGCUCAAAUGGUUCUUGUAUGUUGCUGGAGAAGCAUGAAGGAAGUAUCUCUGCUCUUAGGGACGCUGUGUAAACUUUUGCCCUCACAGACUACAUCUCAACCUUCAGAGGAAUUGAUUACUGUAGAACAGGUUAAAAAUAUUGGUGAUUACUUUAAACAUCAUCUGCUGCAAUCAAGGCACAGGGGUGCAUUUGAAUUGGCAUAUGCUGGCUUCGUGCAACUUACAGAAAUGCUUUCCAGAUGUAACAGCGAGAGUCUGCACAAGAUGCCAGAACACUGGCUAAGCUGUGUGUUAGAAGAAAUCAAAUCUUGUGAUCCUUCUUCCACACUGUGUGCAACCAGGCGGAGUGCAGGAAUUCCAUUCUACAUACAGGCUUUGUUGGCAUCGGAACCAAAGAAGGGCAAAACAGAUUUGCUGAAAAUGGCAAUGAAAGAAUUGAUAUCUCUGGCUGCACCUUUGAAUGAAUCUUUAAGUGUAAUUCCACAGGUUCAUGCUUUAAAUAUCCUCCGGGCACUGUAUAGGGAUACACGUUUAGGUGAAAACAUCAUGCCUUAUGUUGCAGAUGGAAUAAAAGCAUCAGUUCUAGGGUUUAUGUCACCUGUCUGGGCAGUACGAAAUUCAUCUACACUUCUUUUUAGUGCUCUGAUCACAAGAAUUUUUGGAGUUAAAAGAGGGAAAGAUGAAAAUUCUAAGAAAAAUAGAAUGACGGGAAGGGAGUUUUUCUCUCGGUUUCCAAGCCUUUAUCCUUUCCUUCUCAAGCAGUUAGAGGUUGUAACCAGCACUUUGAACAGUGAAACUGAAGAGUUGAAAAUCCAUCCAAGCCUGUUUCUUUUGCUCUUAAUCCUGGGAAGACUGUAUCCAUCUCCAAUGGAUGGCUCUCACUCAGCACUCAGCACAGCACCGUUUGUCCCCUUUAUUAUAAGGUGUGGGCACUCGCCCGUGUACCGCUGCCGGGAGAUGUCGGGCCGGGCCCUGGUUCCCUCUGUCCUGGCCAAUGAAGUUCCGCACACGGUGCUGGCCCUGCUCCGGGGGCUCCCGGACUCUGCCGCUCGCGGCAUGCGGCACAACAGCGUUCAUGGAACCCUACUGCAAGUUUUACACUUGCUGCAAUCAUACCUAGAAUCAAACCAGUUUGUUAGUUUGGACUUCCAGCAGGGACUGAGUGACAUCAUUACCUGUAUGGGAACCAAGCUGUGGCUGGCUAAAAGGCUAAAUCCUUGUUUGGUGACCAGAGCUGCCUAUGUUGAUGUCCUUGUGAUGUUGAGUACUCACCUGGAGAAGUUUCAAAAGCAAGGAAUGCAGUUGCUUGGCUUUUGGGAAGACAUGAAAAGAGUAAUUUCAGAUUCUGAAUUGCUGUCUGGUAUUCCCUAUUCAUCUGCAGUACCAGGACUGAUACAAUAUCUCCAGAGCAUCACCAAACUUGUAAUAUCAGUGCUGUCAGUGACUGCAGGUCCUGACAUGCAGGGCUGUGGUUCAGCUGCUGCAAAGGAAAUGGCCAAGCCCUCACUGUCAGUAGCUCUUCUCCUGCACUGUGAGUUCCAUGAAGUGCGUCUGCUGGCAUUGGAAGCAAUACUGCUGUGCCUGAAACAAAGAAAUUCCAAGCAGAUUGCAGAAGGAAGAGGAGGUGUAUUAUGUUUACCCACUGAUUUGGAAGACACUCUUCUCACAAUGGCUCUGAAGGAAACAAAUCCACAGUGUUUUUGCAAGGUGCUGGAAAUUCUUUAUAAUAUGGAUCUCAGAAAUGUGCUUCCAAAGACUGAAUGCUCUAUAAAAAUGAAUCCAAAUGAGCUCUUAACCUGGAGUUUAAACCUUGCAGAUACCUCCAGCAGAGAUGAAAUGAUGACAGAAAUUACUGGCUUUUUGAUAUGUCCUCUGCCUUUUCUUCUCAGCCAUGAAAGUCAAACCAUAGCUCUCAAAUUUGCCUCCAAAUUGGUUAUCCACCUUUUGCAGAACCAUCAGCAGAUUUCAGAAGAAAUCUUGAAAAAAUGGGUUCAGCUCAUAGUGUAUUUUUGUGGAGACGAGCAAGAGACAGAGAUGCUGUUAGCAGCUGCUGAAGUUCUUAAAAGUAUAACAUCAUUCCUUCUGAGCAGUGAGAAGCUCAUUCUUGGACUGUCUGAUACCCUUGGUCUGUGGAAAUGUGUGAUUCUACUGCUGCAAAAUGAAGACUCAGUAGUAAGGGAUGCUGCUGCUGAAGUGAUACAAGUGGCGCAGUCAGAAACAAAGAGCAAUGAAGGAGAGUUUGCAUUUAGGAUAGUGAAUGCUCCAAUGGCCUUGGAUUUAGCCUUUGGCAUAGUGUGUGAGCUGCUUCAGCGGUGGGGGGAGAUCCAUGCCGGUGUCCCAGUCCUGCUGCAGUGGCUUUUGGGAGACAGCGACCUGCAAAGAGAUGGGGAGACUUCUGCCCUGGAAGAUGAUGAUUCCCUGUUUGAUAAAGGGGAAGUGAAUUUUUGGGCAGAGACGCUGACUCUUGUGAGACAACUGAGUAAGCACCUUUUACAUCUUGUAUCAGUGACUCACCUCACCUUACCAGAUCAUGGGGAACUUAAUCAUCUGUCAAGAAUAGCACUGGACCAAGCCCACUGCAUUGAACACCUUCUUGGAGCUCUACCUCCAGUUCCAGAGUUUUCCAGAACUCCAGAAUUCACAAGAUUGGCUAUUCAAAAAGAGAGAAUAACAGUCUGUCUUAAAAUAUUAAAUCUGCUGAAGCCUGAUGACACUUGCAAAAAUGAAAAUCUGGAAAAGUAAAUUGCUAAAACUUCAUCCUUGGAAAGCUGCACACAUUACUAGAUGGUCAGGGUGACUGUAUUCUAGGAAUGUUCAAGGAAUUAGGGAUUGCUGUGAUGACUUCAGGAAACCUGCAGUACCUUCACUAUUCAGGGUAGAGCUACAUUUUUUGUAUUGAUUAAGUGUGCAUUGAUUUCUUUUUUAAUGGGACGUGCAGUGGAAGACUUUUCCUUUUAAAUGCAUGUUAAUUUCAUUCAGUUGAGCAUUGUUUAUUACAGCUACUGUAGGAAGUAAAGCAGCUAAACUUAGUAUUUUCCAUUCAUCCAGGUGCAGGCCACCUGUAGUUCUGUUAUGUUUUGUUCCACAUUUUUACCUCCUGUAUCUUAAUACCAAGAAAAUGUUUGGGUUUUUGUCUCAUUUCAAGAUGUAGCAUGUGACUUAGGAAAUUAACAUGCUUUUAAAAAAAUUUAAAGUGUUUCUAAUAGAAAAACAAACUGUGACUUCUUUGUUUAUGGGAAUUUUUAAAGUAUAUUUUAAAUUUUAUUGCAUUUUCCUCUGGAGGAAGACAAGGAUUUUCACUUUGGUAGUAACCUUGUUUUGCACAUUGAAACAGCAUUAGUUAGAUUUCUGCAUGCCUCUUUGAAAUCAAAUAACUACUUUCAUAAAAUGGCUCGAAAAUGAAGACUUGCUGUGGUUCAAAACGAAGCAGCUGUUCCCUUGCAAACGAAACAGUUUCAUCUUUACUUCAGACAACUUGCUCUGCAAAAAGUGAGGUCCUGCCGUGGAGUGUGAGGGCCCUCGGAAGGGUACCAGGGGUGUUUGCGCUGCAGCCCUCGCUUUUGGGAGAUGCUCUCACCAGGUGGGGCAGCUGUAGGGACUGUUCCGCGUGCUCCGGGGUCUUGCUGUGUCUAAAACAACAAAAAAAGCUUGUUGCGCAUUGAAUGGGUUUUUCCUGCAAACUGGAGUUGGGUUGCGAUAUGAAAAUGAGACAUCAAAAAUAAACAGUGAUGCGAAAA